UGUUAGCUGUUUAGCUAGCUAGCUGUGUAGUAGCUGUGCGCUGAUUUAGUGGGAAAAUACAUCCCUAUUCAAUUUUAAUACACAUUUAAAAAAUGCGUGGACUGUAAACAGUAACAGUUUGUUUACACUAGUUUCAUAAACAAUGCCAAAUUUUUGCGCGGCUCCAAACUGCACCCGGAAAAGCACUCAGUCUGAUCUGGCUUUCUUCAGGUUUCCAAGAGAUCCUGAAAGAUGUAGGCUGUGGGUAGAGAACUGUCGCCGUGCAGAUCUCGAAGAGAAAACUCCUGAUCAGCUAAACAAACAUUAUAGGCUAUGUGCGAAACACUUUGAGCCAGCAAUGAUUUGUAAAACGAGCCCUUACAGGACUGUGCUGAGAGAUACUGCUAUUCCUACCAUUUUUGAUUUAACCAGCCACCUCAGUAAUCCACACAGCAGACAUCGGAAACGCAUCAAAAUUUUGACAGAUGAAGAGGUAAGAAAAAUCAAAGAGCGAAGAUUGGAGUCUUCAAUAGAACAGUUGCUCUCAAAAAAGGAAAAAACUGCUGGUGAGGAUGACACAGAGGCUGAUGAUGUACCCCAGUUGACUGCGCAUCAGAAAGAACUAAGAGAGUUCUUAAAGUCUUUGUUUGAAGUGAUUGUGCUAAUAGGAAAACAAAACAUCCCAUCGAGUUACCAGUCAAAAGAAGAGCCGUUUAUCAUGAGCACAUUUCAUGCUUUGCUGGAAAACCGCAUUAAUGCUGGCGAUGAAGUUCUUAGAGCACGGUUUGAAGCAGCAGCUGUUAAUGAGGAAUUGUGGCCAGGAGCACAGCAGAAGCAACUGCUGGAUAUUUGUGAGCGAUGCGUUCGCGAUGAGCUGCUGCAGGAAGUACGAGAAAGCCGUUUCUUUUCACUGGUGACUGGGGAGCUGGUGGAAUUUCCAGAAGGUCAGCAUUUCCCAGUGUUCUUGCGUUUUGUGGACCAAAGCAACACUCUCAGGGAGGAGUUUGUCGAGUUCUUCUUGUUUGAAGGAGAAGGAGAGGAGCAAUUUAUGGCAGACAAAUUGGAGACUCACAUUAUGAAGGAAUGGGAUCUGAGCAUGGAACACUGCAGAGGUCAAGCACACGCAGGCUCUGGUGUCUUUGGCAGUAAGAUGAAAGCCAUAGCCAACCAGCUGACGGAGAAAUACCCAAUGGCCAUGAGUACACCGUGUGCAACCUAUGCGCUUAACGUACACCUAGCUAACAGCAUUCCGCUGACUGGUGUUCAAGUCGUAAUGUCGGUUCUUAAAAAGACAGAUGCCUUCUUUAAGUCUUCUCCACUUCUGCAGGCUGAACUCGACAGCGCCAUCUCUAUUCUCUCGCAGGGAAACAUGGAGAAAGGAGAAGAUCUCAAAGAGAACUGUCGUGCCAUCUGGACAGAGCUGCAUAAUGUGUUCGAGAUGGCUGUUGAUUUGUUAGAGCCACUUCUGCUCUGCAUGGACAGCAUACAAGACAAUGAAGACCUGAAAUGGAACGACCAGUUCACCAGCGAUGCUUACGCCAUCUCCGAGGCUUUGGCUGACUUCGAGUUUGUCGUUACUCUGGUCGUAAUGAAGAACGCUCUCUCAUUCACAAGAGCCUUUGGUAAAAACUUGCAAGGAGAGACUCUUGAUGUGUAUUUCGCGGCUAGCAGCCUAACAGCCGUCUUGCAUUCUUUGCAUGAGGUUCUAGACAACAUCGAAGUUUACCACGAAUUCUGGUAUGAGGAAGCUGUAAAUCUGGCCACAGCGAUGGAGAUCCCAGUCAAAGUGCCCAGACUGUUCCUCAGAAAGCAACGGGCGAUUGAAACGGUAGAAAUACAGGCCGAGUCCUUUUACAAAGAAUACCUAACUCUUCCGCUCAUGGAGCACAUCACUCAGGAAGUGAAGGACAUGUUCUCGGAUAACCAUAUCAGGGCUCUUAAGUGCUUGUCUCUUGUUCCAGCAGUCAUGGGCCAGAUGAAAUUUAACACCUCAGAGGAAGCCCACGCGGACAUAUUCAGAAGCGAUCUUCCUCAGCCAGACACACUGCCUGCAGAGCUUCACUGCUGGAGGAUCAAAUGGAAACACAGGGGAAAGGAAGUCAACCUGCCGUGCACCAUUCAUGAAACACUGCAGCACUCGGACGUUAAGUUCUUCCCAAACGUCAAUGCGUUCCUGAGGAUUCUGGCCUCUUUACCCGUGUUGACGUUUGGGGGUCAGGGAGGUACUGGACAGAAACGCCUACAGGCUUACCUUUCAGACACACCAGUGAGGCACAGGUCAAAAAGUUUGGCUGUGCUGAAUAUCAAUUACCAUGUUAAAGUAGAUCUAGAUGAAAUGGUUGAAUGUUAUAUCAAAAGUUACCCAGAAGAAGAAAGUGAUUAAAUAGUGGCCUUUACAGAGACUUAACAGUGGAACUCUUUUCUAGAUCACUCUGUGCUUAUGAGCAUAGGGUAGAUUUAAAUUAUUUUUUAUUUUUCUAACUGGUGUAUACAAUUUGCUAUUUUGCAGGAUUAAUAUUCUGUUAGUCAUUACAGUGAUAAAUGUAUUUAUACUGUUUUAUAUUAUACAGACCUUAUGAGCCUAAAUGCAUUUAAUUAAAUGGGUAUUAACUGGUGUGUAUAAAUUUCACCUGUGUGAAACAUUUGAAAGUGAAAAAGUGAACAAUCUUGAACCAUCACAACUGUUGCAUUGUUUUAAACACUGUACUUCAUUUACAAUGUAAAUAAAUGUGACAUAUUUUUAAUACGGCAUUCUGGAAUCUCUUGAUUCCUGUAAUUCUUAUACUGUCGUAUUUUUGUAUAAAAAGAAAUUCAAUUCAGUCAUUUUUGUAUAGAGCGUUUAACAAUAGACCAUGUCACAAAGCAUCUUUAUAGGUUUAGAUCCCGAAUGAGCAAGCCAGAAGUGACUUUGGCAAGAGACAACAUGAUGAAGAAACACUGAAAGGAACCAGAUGCAGAAAUGACAGCGUAAAUGUAAUCUGAUUUCAUUUUUAAUGUCUAUCUGUCCAUCGUUUUUAGUAAAUAGGGUGAAUAUGAACCGUGACUUUGUAUCUUUGCUCUCUGCUCUGUCUCCAGUUUCCAGUCUGCUGCUCUGAUGCUGCCACUAGAUGGUAUCGUUAGUGUUUCUCUUGUAAGAUUGAAACAAAGGAACAUGGGUGUGACUCCUCAGAGAUGGCGAUUCACAAUUCCAGUCCUAAAGCAUGGGAGUCCAGUACAGUCUGGUGACAUUUCAUCUCAUUAUACUCAUCUGCUAACUACCAGGUUUACUAAGUGUGUUCGAGCUGCUGUAGAACCCUGCUUUAUUUAAGAGCACCAGCUUAGUUAUGGAUGAAUGGGAGUAGACGAAUGCACACAAUCCAAACUUAGGUCAUGCAGGGUGUGUCAGCAUUUUACAUGACAACCUGGCAUAAUGUGUAAUCAAGUUUCAGUGUCGAAUUGAGCUUUCCCAUUUUCACACUUUCUUCUAAUGAAUGCAGUACUCUGAAAA